UUUAGCCAAUGGGAGGAAGCGUCCUGCAGUGAUUCCAGAGAUUGAGUGUAGAAGCCCAGAGAGAGCAGGCACAACAGAGGGAGACCUGUCUAGACAGAAGUGCUGUUCUGCCUGUUAUGAACCGGCAGCAUCGAAGGUACUAGGAAGGUGCACGUGGGCUCUGCUGUUCGACUCACAUUCUGCCUGGAACUGCAAUGGGUGAACCAGAUGGGCACAACCUGUCAGUUAUUCUGCAGGAAUAUGACUUUGAGCGACAGUUUGAUGAUCAGAGUGCCAUUCAAUGGAUGCAGGAAAACUGGAGCAAGUCUUUCUUCUUCUCAUUGCUGUACGCUGCAUUGAUAUUUGGAGGUCAACGUAUGAUGAAAGAAAGACAGAGGUUUGAUUUGCGUAGGCCUUUAGUUCUCUGGUCCUUCACACUUGCUGUGUUCAGUAUCAUAGGCGCACUUCGUACUGGUUGUUUCAUGGGAAAUUUACUUAUUAGCAGUGGUUUCAAGCAGUCGGUAUGUGACCGUGCUUUUUACAACGGGCCCAUUAGCAAAUUCUGGUCUUAUGCCUUUACUUUAAGUAAAGUACCAGAACUUGGUGACACCUUGUUUAUUGUCCUGCGCAAGCAAAAGCUGAUCUUCCUUCAUUGGUACCACCAUAUCACUGUGCUACUUUAUACCUGGUACGCCUACAAGGACACGGUUGCUGGAGGCGGAUGGUUCAUGUCCAUGAACUUCACGGUGCAUGCCUUCAUGUAUUCUUACUACACAUUCCGUGCAGCUGGGAUUCCCGUCCCACGAUCCUGUGCCAUGUUCAUCACAUUUACUCAGAUCUUACAGAUGGUUAUGGGCAUCGUGGUGAAUUUUUUCAUUUAUAAGUGGAUGCAGGAUGGAAGUUGUUCAAGCCGCACAGAAAAUAUAUUCUGGUCUUCUCUGAUGUAUUUUAGUUACUUGGUGCUUUUCUGCAGCUUCUUCUAUCAAGCAUACCUGAAACUUCCCACUCAAAAGAAAAAUGAUCCCACUCAUAAGAAAAAUGAUUAAAUUGGUGAGAUCCGUGGCCUGUUUCUUGGAGCAGUGUUGCCAACAUCUGUACAUUUCCAACGACACUGUGACCAAGGACUGCAUCUACACUGAAUAUUGUAAACAGGUAUGGGACCUCUUAUCAAGAAUGCUCGGGACCUGGUGCUUUCCUUAUAAUAGUUCUUUCUGUAAUUUGGAUCUUCAUACCUUAAGUCUACUAGAAAGUCAUGUAAACAUUAAAU